GCUGGGCGGGGCUGGAGGGGACUUGUUCCCAUGGUGACCACCCGUUACAUAACGACAGUGGGUACCUAGUGCAGCCGAGCCAUUAGAGAAUGAGAGUUAAGGCCACAGAGGGAGGUGGUGCUUUGGAUUUGGAAAACACUCGCUAUUACAGGGGUGGAGCUGCAGCUGGAAUGUGAGGAGUGCGUCACAGAAACACAGAACUUCAGUUUUGUGUGGGAGCUUCUUGGCCUCCAGCCUCAUGUGGUCGACCUUCCUCCUUUUAUCUGGCUCCUUCAGCAGGUAAAUAAACAUGGAGGAGGUGGAUUAAAGUGAACAAGGUCAGUGACUGGCUUAUGAGGUGAGUGCACCCCGUUAGGUCCUGCAUCACAUGACGGCCUUUCACACAAAUUGUACCUGAUUGGUGUGCGGGCUCGUGCAGGAAGUCACAGAUUAUAUUUAUGGGCCCUGAUGGAAACAAACGCAGCCAAGUCAACUUUAUGCUCCACGUCAGAGCUUCUUUACGGGUUUCAAGGAGUGUUUACGUUUCUGCUGCCGUGAAGCUGCGAGAGUGCAACAGGCUGAAGGUUAAAGCAGUUCAGAUGAAGCGGCUGUCAGAUGGAGUCAAAGUGGACAGGAGUCACAGACACGUACCUGCCACCACAGUCGGCACCUGAUCACUGACCACUGAUCCCAGAACCCGUCUAAAUCAGCUUUUAUCAGAAUAUUAGAGCCAUUUACACACCAUUUAUGCAUUAUUACUUGUCUUAUUUAGCGUUUUUCACCUGAUGUGUUAAAAUACCUUUAUUUUGACAUCAGUCCCACACACUGUCCAUCCUAUAUUUACUCAAUCUUAAUUCCCCAAUAAUUACUUUUAUUUCAUUUUAUUCAGUGUUCACACCAACAUACACUGUACAAGCUGGGAGCUACUGUACAAACAGCAGCAGACAGUAGGUGAUUGGGAGCAGUAGUGGCAGAGCUCUAAAUUUAGUCAGCCCUCCUCUUGUGAACUAAAUACCAGUGACAACAGACGAGCCGACACCCGGCCGUCCACUCGCUGCCUCAGUCGCUGGGGUCAGGCUUCAGCCCCCUCCCAUCCACAAGCCUCAGUGCACAGGCGCCGGCGCUGGUGGCUCUACCCGGCCUGACCCGCUCGCCUCUCACCUCUGGUUCCUUCCUCUGAGGGAAACGGCACCACCUGAGACGCUCCCCCUCCAGGCUCCUUCAGCACAGGGGCCGACAUGUCACAAUUCUCCACCAUGACGACGAGGGAGAGGAAAAUGCAGGCGGCAGCCAUCUGCAGGGAGGUUCAGGCCCAGGAAGACGUAGAGGCGGAUCUUGGGAGGAAAAUGAAUGUGCCCAAGGACAUCAUGCUGGAGGAGCUGUCUCUCGCCUCCAACCGGGGCUCCCGUCUCUUCAAAAUUCGCCAGAGACGCUCGGAAAAAUACACCUUUGAGAGCAUCCGGAACGAAAACAACAAGCUGCUGAGUGACACAGCGGUUUCGUGUGUGGAGAACGGGAGCGUGACGGACGCCCACUGCUCUGAGGACGUGGACCGGUCCCCCGACGAGGCGAGGGUGGCGCCGGACCCGGAGAGCAUCGCCCAGGGGUACGGAGGCCCCUUGAAAGACGUCCCCCCAGAGAAGUUCAACUGCACGGCCGUGCCCAAGGCCUACCAGUCGCCCUGGGAGCAGGCGGCCGGCAGCGACCCGGCCGUGGCCCACUCGCUCGCGGGCCUCGGGCCUCAGCCGGGGCCUCAGCCGGGACCGCCUGGAUACAAGUGCUUUAACAGGGUGGCGACGCCGUUCGGCGGCUUCAGCGGGACGCCGCGGCCCGUGCCGCUCAGACCCGUCCAGCCGGAGCCCCUCCCCCACCUCCCCGAGCCGCAGGGGGACGCGGCCGGGACCCGGCCCUCCUUCAACAGAGCCGCUCUGGGGUGGGCGGCGGCGGGCGGCCCCCCGGAGCGGUUGAUCCCCGAGUCUGACGACCUGUGAAACACAGGAAGUCACAGUUUGUCUCCUGGCUGUUGAUGCACGUGGGCUCCAACAUGACGUGAGCUUUUGUACAUAUGGUGCAGCAGACGGACACUCUACUGUAGUAAAAGUCAUGUUGAUGCUCAAUAAAAGUGUGCUAUUUA